UCCUCAGCAACUGUGGCAGUCAACUUCAUGUUCAGUCAAUCUAAAAAACACAAGUCGGAAGAAACAAGAUAAUAAACGCUGCAAUACAAAAAAUAGAGUGUAAUAUAUUGAAUAUUGAUUGUGCUACAACUUAAAUAGCAAGCUGAUGAAAUUCAAAUAAAAAUUACAAAAUCGAAAGCAAUAUAUUGUGUGUGAAAGAAAUAAAACAUUAAAAAACUAAGAACUGAAAAAGCAAGAAAAGUAUAAACUAAACUUGUAAGUUAACAAAUACAACAACCACGACUAAACAAAAAAGCCGGUUAGUGUUAUAUAUUGACCAUACCCACAUAUAUACAAUUUCUAUAUACCAAAGGGAACCAUACACAUAUAUUUACAUAAAAGAAAAAUUACAGCAAAGGGAGCAACACUAUUAAAAUAAAAUUAUUCCAAAUUUUUGUUGUCAAAAAAAAAUAUUUUCGAAAAGCGCUUGCUAUAACUCUGUCUCUCAUUUGAUUUGGUUAACAAAAGAAUUCAAAACGGAUCGCUUGCCUGAAAUACAAAAACAUCUGUUGAAAAUAGAAACCAUAAAACUGCAUACGAAAAACGAUCGGCUAUGUCCUCUGCUACAACGAUCCCAUCUACCGCCCAUCAUAAUUCAAACACUACACAACUAUCAACUGCAAAUUGUAAAGCAACGAGAACCGCUGCACCACCUCCAUCAUCUUCUGCCGCAUCAGUAUCUCAAUUCGAUAUAACAAAGGACGAAUUUGAACGGAUAUCGGAGGCAUUGAAAAAGGAAGAAUUUCGUAAAUUAUUUCUAGACUAUAUUGAGGAGAUCCAAGAUCCAGAAAAUCGCAAACGCUAUGAAGAUGAAAUCAAACAAAUUGAAGCUAAACGUGGCGUCGACGUAAUCUUUGUCCAUCCUCAACCCGGGUUUGUUAUUAAAACCUCACAGAAUGGCGAACAAAAAUGUUUUAUAAAUUGCGCCAAAAACGAACAUGUGGGCAAGCCCACAAGUCAGGUCUCACUGAAUCAUGCGACCGGCCAAAAGGGAUUGAGCUGGUCCAUUCCCAUGGCCCAGGCACCACCACGUGAUGACUUCGAUAAUAACAAGAAACGUUGUUGCGUCUAUGAUGUUGUCUUCCAUCCUGAUGCCUUGUAUUUGGCCGAAAAGAAUUCAGCCUUCCAUAAGUGCCUGGUUGAUACAGCACUAGAUGCCGUGGAAAGGGAAUAUAAGGUAACACUGGAUCGAGUUAAUAUCAAAUUUCCCAAACUACAAUACAAAGGUUUGCCCAGACCCACUGUGAUACGUAAACUGUCAAAAACCCCCUCUAAAGAUGCUGAAGAACCCCAUCCCCUUGAGCACAUGUAUCCAGCAAAACCCACAGCCGAUACAGAAGCUCCCAAAAUAUUACCCAUGAAAAGCAUGGAAAACAUGAACAAAAAAUCCGAAUAUUGCACCCCAAAGUACACGCUAACACAUCGCCAUGAUGUCGAUCUCAGUCAAUAUACAAAUGAAUUAGAUGCUAAACUAAAUGCCACCAAACCUCGGGAAUUAGUUGUAGACAUAGAACUGCCUCUAUUGAAUUCCAGCAAUGAAUGCCAAUUAGAUGUAACAGAAAAAUCGAUAUUUUUGCUCAGUGAUAAAGCUGGGGCCAAAUAUCGCCUUAACCUCGAUUUGCCGUUGAAGGUUGAUGAUAAGAACGGCUCGGCGAAAUUUGAUGUGGAUACCAGACAUUUGGUUAUAACACUGCCUGUAAUACAAACGCCAUUGGCCAUACAACGAGAAAUGCAUGAAUCGUUGUUACAUUUGAAUCGUGAAGAUAGUGGUGUGGAAAGUGAUAUGCUCAAUGAAGAUCUGGUGUCGAGCACCGCCGAAUCUCCUGUGGAGGAAUUGAAUUCUACUCCCUUGGAUGAAGUUUUACAGAAGGCUGUGAACAAUGUUGCUGCUAAUGAUGGCGAUAGUUUCCUCAAAUCUAAUGUGGACUAUCAACUUCCAAACAAAUUUGACUGCAAUGUAUUGGAUAACACCAUGUCACUGAUACUGCAGGUGCGUAAUGUCCAAGAUGAUUCCAUACAAAUGCAACAGCAUGAACAUUCUUUAGAAGUACAAUUUAGUUCUGUGGGGUCGGGAUACUAUCCCACCUACUACGCCUUCUACAUUCAGUUGACCGAAAGCAAUAGCGAAAUGAAAAUCAACAAGGUUGAAGCUGAGGCUUGGGAAAAUAAUGUAAUUCUAAACAUAUAUCUCAAUCAAACUGCCGAGAAUUUAACUAGCUAUCUUGCUGGUUUAGAUAGUGAUCAUCUCAAGGAGUAUUACAUUUAUGGUAAAACCCAAAUGGCCCAUAAAUCGAGGCAAAGGCAAAAGGUGGUGGCCAAACAUCUGUUAACAGAGCCAACCAAUAUGGACAUAACCAUAGAACGUUCAGAGUGUGAUAAAUCAGUUGAUAUAGAAAUCAAACCACGUUUGGCAGAAAAUUCCACAUGCAAUACCAACACCACGGAGGAUGAAGAUUGUCAUGGUACCACCAGUGCUAGUGCUGAUAACAACUCCACACAAAACUCCAAGAAGCUAAAUAAAAAACAGAAACGUAAAAAUAAAAAACGUCGUUCUCUAAGUGAAUCUGCCUGUGAUGACAUUAAAGCAUAUCAGCAACAACAACAACAACAGGAUCAACUAGAUCAACAACAGAAACAACUGCAAGACCAACAGCAGCAGGAGAAGACCUCCAACGUUAUAACUGAAAAUGAAGCCGAUGUUGAUGCCGACGACGACGAAGAUGAUGAAGAUUCAUCACCGGAACGUUGUGACAAAUCAUCGAAACCUCCCCAUCAUCCCAUAUCCUCGUCAAUGAAUGUGCCUUCGGCAUUAUCAUCAUCAUCAUCAUCUAAUUCUGCCAAUUUAAACUGCAUGGGACAGCAGCAACAACGUAACAAACAGCGCAGUUUCUCUGAAUCUCGUGAUAGUGUUAUAAGUCUCAGUGCUGGUAGCUGUUCGUAUAAGGGUAUUUUGAAACACUAUAGCCGUUAUGGUCCCCGCCCAUCCCUCACCGAUUCAUGUUCAUCUAUUGAUGAGUGUUCAUCGUCGGCCUAUUCCACCUCAGUGGAUGGCAUGGCAAAUGCAUUUAAUGCUCUACGUUUUUCACAAUCAUUCAGCGAUAUACCCGAAGAAAAUGUUGUCGGUCUAUCGGAAAGUUGUAAGAAAACUGUUCGCUUCAGUGAAGUUAUACGCAAGCAGGUGUUUAGAUUGGAUUCCAGUAUCUUGGGUCAACGCAAAAAGAAUCAAAAACGUCGUGAUCGUAAACAAAGAGCUUUACAACGUCGUCUUAGUGAAGGCGAUUCCGCUGAUUAUGAAGACAAUAAGCCUAUGGUACCUUUACCAACAUCCAAUUCCAGUGCGCAAUAUUUGAAAACGAAAAAUAACUGCAACAAUAACGGUGUCUCUUCGGCAGCAACCAACAAGAAUAGCAACAACAAGGCCAAGGAUAAAAAAUCGAAUCAGAAAAACAAUCGACCACGGCUGGAGUCGGAAUCAUCAUCCGAUGUGGAUAAUCACAAGAAUGCUAUGAUGUUUGAAAUGGACAUGUAAAGCGCAACCCAAACUCCAAAAUGAUUUUCCAAAAUUUAUAAAACAAAAGCACCCACCAACUAACCAUGGAGCAAACUAAAAAUAAGUGGUCCUCUACAAAAUUUUGUAUUGAAUGGAAAUUUGAAAAAGAAAUCAAAUCGUCGUGUUUCAUCAAAACAUAUUAACAAACAUACAUACAUCAAUACACAAUAUAUAUCCAUUUGAAAUUGUUUACUUAGCUAUUAGAGAAAGUAAUUUUAAUAAUGUUAUUACACACAGCAACAAAUAUUGUAGUAGGCUAGUAUAUAGUUAUCCUAGUUUCAGAGUAUUUAAAAGAAAACAUCUAAAUAUUCAUCAUCUAUAGGAAGAGUAAUAAUUGCCUUAUAAGAAACAAAUUAUGUAUUUGAAUACAACAAUAAUACCUUAAAACCCCACACUAACAUCAACAUGCAUGCGUAUAUAUAUUGCUCAAAAAAUAUCCCCACAAUCCCCUUGAAUUUUUUUGUUAGCACAUUUGGCCCUUUUAAACAAUUUGUAAAUUUUUGUUUUCUAUUUAUUAAAAAAAGAAAGAGAAUUAUAUUAAUUUGAUUUCUGUUUGCCUUUCACACACACACAUAAAUAUAUAACGGUUGUAUAAAUUCCAAAUAUUAUUUGCGAAACACAGCACUUUAAAAGAAAGACUUUAAAAAUUUUAUAAAAAUUGUUAGAAACUUUUAAUUUUUUUGUUAUCAUAUGUAAUUAUUAUUUUCAUUUUCUUCUCUAAGAAAAAUCCAAUAUUGUUAUAAAAUUUAAAAUUUUGUUAAUUCUAUUAAAAAAUUAAAAAAAAAAAACAUACAUUUACCCCACAAAAAAGAAAAACCUCUUGUGCAUGCAUGCCUCAAAUAUGAAAUUUUUCAAAACGAAAAUGAAAUCAAUUUGAGUUUUACAAAAGAGAACGAACAUGAAUGUUUCUUCUGCUUGUUCUACACACGAAGUAUAUUUAUAUAAAUAGGGUUCACUUCUAUAUUCAUCAAUUACAAUUGUUCAUAUCAAACACAUUUAUAUAGAUUGUAUGUACUCCUGUAUGAGGAAUCUUUUUUAUUAUUAUUAUUUCUAAUGUUAUGCCACAUAUACAUACACACAUAUAUAUUGAAGUUAUUCCUUACAAAAAUAUAGUAUAUACAACGUUUAAUACUGUAUCGAUUGCAUACGAAAGAAGAAACCUCAAGAGUUUUUUUUUAUUAAAAAUUAUUAUGUAUGUACACUACUUUUUCCUUAAUUGUGAAUAAAACAUUUUAAAUAAAAAUA